GUCUUUUUUCUUGGAAAAGAUGUUGCAACUAUUCUUGGCUAUAGUAAUACAAAAGAAGCAUUAAAGAGACAUGUAUCAGAAGAAAACAAAAUGAUACGUUUUAUGUAAGUAAAUUGUAGGGGUCGUGAAACGCGACCUCAACAAAAUGACAACAGGGGAAAAUAUUAUACAAUAAUAAACGAGCCAGGAUUUUAUGAACUUGUAUUUGGUUCUAAAUUAGAGUUUGCUAAAAAGUUUCGCCAAUGGGUUUUUAAUACAGUUCUUCCAUCUAUAAGAAAAUUUGGCUAUUUUAAAAUGUUUGACAACCCAAAUAAUAAAAUGUUUAAGAUUGAAAAUGAAAUGGAUUUACACUGUAAAGUUGUUGAACUAAUUAGAAAUUUUUACCCAAAUGCUUUAUUGGUACCAGGACUUGGGGAAAACCAAGAUACACCAGAAAAAAGAAUUAACAGUUGGAAAAAAGGCUAUAUGCGAGGUCAACCAGAUCUAAUGAUUCUUAAUUAUCACAAAGAUUAUAAAGGUCUCUGUAUCGAAUUCAAAUCACCAACU